AUGCUCCAUAACUCUCUCCACACACGAGCAAGAAAACGAAAAUGUCUAGACCUGAAGAUAUUGAACACGAACUCAGAGAAAGCCAAAUAUUCUCGUUCCAUUUUCACCGAGGCCAUCCCUCCAGCUCUGCUCCCACCGGCAAUUUUCAUUGGCCUCCUAUUAGGCCUCUGGACAUGGAAGUGUUUCUGGAUCAUUGUCAUGCAGAACAAGCUCUUAUAUCUCUCUUGGCUUCCCCCAUUCUCUCGAUCCGAUAAGAUUGAGGAUUAUCUGCCAGAAUGCAAACCUGUGCAGUGGGAAGAAAAGCGCAUUCAAAGUCUUGAUGGAACAAAUCUAUCAAUUUGUGAAGGGCGAAUCCCCGCCCAAAAGGAUCGGAACCACAUGGAGUCAAAAAGGAAGAAAUCCAUUAUAAUCUGUUAUUUUCAAGGAAAUGGUGGAUCGACACCCCUUCGACUACCUCUUCUUUCUCAGGUGGUGAGAACGCUUGCACAUAAAUCGAAAUUUGCAGACUCAAAUGUCGAGCCCGGAUUUACUCUAGUCGCCCUCUCUUAUCGUGGGUACUGGACAUCGUCCGGCCGUGCAACCCAAUCGGGAAUUGAACGUGACGCUCAAGCUUUCUUGAACUGGGUUUCGACUUACUACACAUCGCCAGAUACCGACCUUCAGAUCGUGCUAUGGGGGCAUAGCCUCGGAUCUGCAGUGGCCAGCUCGGUUCUGUCCAAAUAUAUUACUGCUCAAGGUACUACGCAAGCAGCAAAUGAUAAAGUAUUACCUCCUAUUUCUGGGCUCAUCAUGGAGGCUCCAAUCUCCAGCAUCAAGGACAUGUUGAUCAGCUUGUAUCCUCAAAAAUGGCUUCCUUAUCGCUACCUCUGGCCAUUUUCCUGGAAUACAUGGUGCACUGCCACGGCCCUUGAAGAUCUCGCCGCGUGGAAAGCCCGGAACGCGAAAGAAAUCCAAACCAAUGACCCAAAUCACCUCGCUAGGUCCCAAUCGCCAUCUGUUCCUCCAAUAUUCAUUAUCUCGGCAGAGAAUGAUGAAGUCAUUCCACCGUACGUGGCAGGAAAAUUGGAAAAGCGAGGUCAGGAGCUUGGGCUAGAUAUCACUAGAAAAGAAAUUCCUGGGGCCAUGCAUACCGAAUGUCCGAUGAAGCAUGACGGCAGAGAGGCACUCGUGGCAUUUAUCCGGGAAAGCACCUCGUGA